AUGACCGUUGAUACCAUGAACUCGCCGACCUCGCCGAACUCGCCGGAGGCGUCAAGCCCGAUGAGUAAGAUAGUUCUGGUGGCCUCUAUUGGUGCCGGGGUGCAAUUCGGUUGGGCGUUGCAGCUGUCCUUGCUAACACCCUACGUGCAGCAACUGGGGGUGCCCCACAAAUGGGCCUCCUUCGUCUGGCUGUGCGGGCCCCUCUCCGGUUUACUGGUGCAACCCAUCGUGGGUUACUAUAGCGACCGUUGCACUUCUCGUUUUGGUCGCCGCCGACCGUUCAUAGCCGCGGGUGCUGCCCUUGUCGCCAUCUCCGUCUUCCUCAUUGGAUACUCCAAGGACAUCGGCGUCCGCUCCGGCGAUUCCUUGGACAAACAUACGAAGCCACGAGCCGUGGUUGUGUUUGUGAUCGGGUUUUGGAUAUUGGACGUGGCCAACAACAUGUUACAAGGCCCCUGUCGCGCUCUUUUGGCCGACAUCUCCGGUUCCGACACGAAGAAGAUGAGGACAGCCAAUGCCAUGUACUCAUUCUUCAUGGCUGUCGGAAAUGUGCUUGGCUACGCCGCCGGAUCGUUGAAGAAUCUGCACAAGGUGUUCCCUUUCACCACAACCAAAGCCUGUGAUGUUUACUGCGCGAAUCUUAAAAGCUGUUUUUUCAUAUCCAUUGCUCUACUUCUGAUACUCACCGUGUUGGUUAUGGUAUCCAUAAGUGAGAAAACAAUUCCGAGUAACGAUAAAGGUGAGGGAGGAGUGAUGUUUUUCGGACAAAUUAUGGUUGCUUUUAAAGAGUUGAAGAAGCCGAUGUGGAUCUUGCUUUUGGUGACUUGCUUGAACUGGAUUGCAUGGUUCGGCUUCUUACUAUUCGACACAGAUUGGAUGGGGAAAGAGGUCUACGGUGGGACGAUCGGGAAAGGGAGUCUUUACGACAUGGGAGUUAGGGCUGGUUCACUUGGGCUCAUGCUAAACUCUAUCGUGUUGGGGGUUAUGUCUCUUGGGAUUAUCUACUUGGCUCGUGGGGUUAAUGGAGCUAAACAACUCUGGGGAGUGAUCAAUUUUGUACUAGCCAUUUGCCUCCUAAUGACAAUAUUGGUCACUAAGUUGGCUGAGAAGCAUCGACAUGCCUGUGUCGUCGUUGGCGGAGCUGAGCCGCCGCCGCCCCCUGCUGGUAUCAAGGCCGGUGCAUUGCUUAUAUUUGCGGUGUUGGGGACACCUCUAGCGGUGACCUACAGCAUUCCCUUUGCUAUGGCCUCCAUAUUUUGCAGCAACUCUGGUGGAGGACAAGGGCUUUCUUUGGGAGUCUUGAAUAUAUCCAUUGUCAUACCACAGAUGCUUGUAUCUUUAGCAAGCGGACCAUUAGAUUCUGCUUUCGGAGGUGGAAACUUACCGGUAUUUGUGUUGGGAGCCAUUGCUGCUGUAAUAAGUGGAAUAUUGGCAAUGACUGUUCUACCAUCUCCUCCAGCUGUUCGUGAAACUAAUACUGUUGUAGCUGUUGGCUUCCAUUAA